GCAAGUCUCACGCAAGACAAGGGCGGUGAGAUCCCACGCGGGUGCGGCUAUAUAUAUGUUUGGAACCGGGUGCAAGCAACUGGUAUUUAGUACUCAUUUCAGCUCACUCUUCCACAAGCAACAUGCCUCCAGCUCCCUCAACUGCCAUGACUGUAAAGCGCAUCCAUAGGGAAGUCGCAGAUGCCAAGAAGGAGGACCUAGGCUCUAUCACCCUCGCACCCUCCACCGACAACCUCUUUCGCUGGACAGGUACCAUACCUGGACCCCAAGGGAGUCCGUAUGAAGGCGGCGUAUUCAACAUUAAUAUUCAGCUGGCGAACGACUAUCCUUUCUCAGCGCCAAAGGUCACCUUUGUAACCCGGAUAUAUCACAUGAACAUAUCGGACAAGGGCAACAUAUGCAUUGAUAUUCUCAAACAGAACUGGUCACCUGCGUUGUCGCUCUUCAAGGUCAUGCUCUCACUCUCAUCCCUCCUUACCGACCCAAAUCCGCAAGAUCCUCUCGUUCCCUCGAUCGCAACCGAAUAUCUCCGGAAUCGCGUGCAGCACGACCGCACAGCCCGGAGGUGGACAGAGCUGUAUGCCCGAUCACCUGCAUCUGUGCUUGCACCGUCACCCAUUGCAUCCUCAUCUACGUCCUCUACCCGUGUCCCUACGCCCACAUCUACAUCUACAUCCACGCCCACGAUCUCAACUUCUACAACUCAGGCUUCUGGAUCGCGUAAGGGAAAAUCCCGUACCUCAACCAAUCAACCUGCGCAUGGCUCUGGCUCGUCGAAUGUUCUCGCCGAGACGAUUGACAUCUCUGACUCCGAUGACGAGUUAUCGCAAUCACCGCCCACACGCAAACGUCCACGCGGCACUCCCAAUGAGGUGGACAUCGAUCUUGUGGAAGCAGAGCAACGUGCAGCCAGACGCCGGCGCACAGGCGGCGGUGGCAGUCGGGUUCCGAGUGUUUCUAGAGGCUCUAGAGGAAGUGGGAGUAUUGUGGGAGCUGGUGAAGUCAUUGUCAUUGAUGAUUAGUCCAAUAAGAGGGCUUAUCAUAAAAUUGGAAAACUGCCUCGCAAAUAUCAACUAUCAAACACUUCGGACGUUUACUACCAUGAAUUACAAUAAGAGGUGUCUGUAAGUAAGGUUGUGUACAAUUCCCACAACAAAGAUUCAGGCUCGGUGGAGUAGUAGGCACCAGGGCAUUGCAAUGUUGACGGUGACGAUUUCAAGUUAGUGUUACAAUUGGCAAGGGAGGCCGUUGUCACAGGAAAACCCGCCAGGGUGGAAGUUUGUGUUGUGAUUGUGGACGCGUGGAG